UCUGUUCGUAUUUUUAUUUUUCAGUCAAUCAAACACAGAACACAGUUAACUUUGGUUAAACUUUCACUUUACUUUGUCUUGGUCAGUGCUUAAUUAAAAUUCACAGGUUAAUUCUAGUAAGGAAACAAGUUUUCGAAUGGAAUGUCUACCCAACCCGUUUGAAAUACCAUAGAAUCGCCCUAGUUAAAUCACGCAUAUUUUAUGCCAUUCUUAACGUUCCAAUAGCAUAAGUCACCCACUUGUUUAUGAUUUUGAUAUCAUCGAUGAUUUAUUACACAGUCAAGUUACACUAUUAAAUGUAGUGCUGUAACUUAUAACUGCAAAAUGCCUGACACUGUCGAAUCAAAUUUGUUGAGAGUGCUUAAAGGUUUGCCUUUAGAAGCAGAUGAAGCAGAGAUAUGCGAUUUUUCACUGGAGGAGCAGAGAGAAGUAUUGGAGUCUCAGGGAAUUCAGCCACAAAUAGAUCCAAACUAUAAACCAAUCGUAAAGGACACAGUUACAUACGUUGUUGCAUGUGUACUUUUAAAUGAACGCAAAGAAGUUCUUAUGAUACAAGAAGCAAAACAGUCGUGUGCAGGCAAAUGGUACUUACCAGCUGGUAGAAUGGAAAAAGGUGAAACUAUUGUGGAUGCCUGUAAAAGGGAGGUCUUGGAAGAGACAGGUCUAGAAAUGGAAUGUACCACUCUGCUAAUUGUAGAAAGUGCUGGGGGGGUUUGGUUCAGGUUUGUUUUAACUGGGACAAUAACAGGGGGUACUCUAAAAACACCAGCGCAAGCAGACAAGGAAUCCUUGCAGGCUAAAUGGGUUGGAAAUAUAAAUGAACUCGCAUUGAGGGCGUCAGAUAUCAUGCCAUUAGUUGAGAAAACAAGGGCUUAUGUGGAAGCCAGGGCUAAGAGCGACCCUUCCUGGCAUCAAGACAAGCUUCCAGCUUUGAGACCUCACGAAAUGCUGCUCCUCAGGUUGGUUGUCGUUACGAAAAAGAAGGCAACAAACAGGGUGCAUAUACUUUUAAGCGAGCGAAAUACGUGGCAUUUACCCACUGCGCAGGUCAACCCCGGGAAAAGUCUACACUGGACGCUGAGGAAGUUUAUGAUGGACAUUUUCGGGGCUGAAGUACCAUCGCAUAAGCCACACGGAUUUCUAUUGGUGGAACAUGAUCCAAGAGAAAACAAAGAUGGCGCCUGUUUGACACUUCUGGUUUCCUUUAGAGCACCUUUAGAAGAAGUACCUAUCAUAGGAAAGUACGUAUGGCACGAGGUGUCAAAAAAUUUAGGGGACAAAUUAUUACAAAGGGUGGUCUCGCGAAAUUCCACAUUCCAAUUUCACGUGGUCCAGUGAAAUAAUAAUAAAUAAUGUACCUUAUAUCGUUUUUUCUUAAAAUAAUAUAUAUUGAAUAAAUAUGUUAAAAAAGCGCUUAAAAUAGUUUUGAAAGACUUUUGAGAUUAGAUACACAUUGUAUAAAAAUAAAUAAAAUUAAUAAUU